UAAAGUUCCUCCAUCUUCUUGUUCCGUCAACAGGCGUGCGACGCACGUGCUUACGCUCUGAUCUCUUCUAACUUUCAGACACUCACUGUCAUAUGCAAAAUCGCCAUUGCAGACUACUGCUCUUCAACUACUUUAAACACACACAAAACUCACACCGACACACUGCUGCGAAUACCUCCAUAACCGACGUUUUCUGCUUCUGAAAUUCGUCAGCAGGCGAUUGAACUGACAUUCUUCAACUAUCGAUCUGCAGAACAAAGAACAAUUUGCACAGAUUGAUCAGGUGCUAGUUGUGAGGAUCUACUUGCUCAGCUUCACCGAUCGUUUUCUCGAUCUGUCUGCAAUUUCAACGGAUGCGGCUUUAGGAUCUGUGUAAGAGUGAUUUCUCGAAGCUCUCGAACUGUACUUAAUCACUAAUAUCAAUAGCGUUGGAUUUGGACAUGCAUUAUCAUAAUCUGAGGAAUUAUGUGCUAUGAUAUUAUGUUGCUUGAAGUCAAUUGAAAGGGAAUAUGGAUGAAUAUAGUAGGAGCUCAGGGAGACAAUCAUCACGGCCGGUUUUAAAAUCCGUAUUAUCUGGUAAAUCAACGCCUAGAGGUUCUCCGUCGUUUAGAAGAUUAAGCUCGAGUCGGACUCCUAGAAGAGAUGGGAGGAGCAAUGGAUUUAAUACUGAUUGUUUCAGAAGCAACAGGAUAGUACUUUGGCUGCUUUUGAUCACUCUUUGGGCUUAUGCUGGAUUCUAUAUCCAGUCAAGGUGGGCUCAUGGUGAUAAUAAUGAAGGUAUUUUUGGCGGAAGUGAUGAGAUAGAGAAAAGUGAUGGAAGUUCGGAUUUGAGUGUGAGUAAUGAUGCAUUGACGGAUGAGGUUAAGAUCAGUGUCAAUGAGUCUGAUGUGAAGAAGAUCGAUAUGGUCAUGCAAGGUAAUGACAGUCGUGUAUUGCAUAGGAUUUUAUCAGUGAAAAAAACGAGUAAAAGAUCAAGACGUAGGUCUAGUUCUCGUUCAAAACGUGGUAACAAGAAAAAGGUUUCGCAAACUGAAAACAGUAAUGAUGUUGAAGUUCAAGAAGAAGAAAUUCCUCAAACGAAUUCGACUUACGGGAUGCUUGUCGGCCCGUUUGGUUCGAUUGAAGACCAGGUUUUGGAAUGGAGUCCUGCGAAGAGAUCCGGAACAUGUGAUAGAGGAAGUCAAUUUGCUCGGCUUGUUUGGUCAAGAAAAUUUGUUUUGAUAUUUCAUGAGCUUUCAAUGACCGGAGCUCCACUUUCGAUGAUGGAGUUGGCUUCAGAGCUUUUGAGUUGUGGAGCCACAAUUUCUGUAGUUGCUCUUAGCAGAAGAGGUGGAUUGCUUCCGGAACUUUCUAGAAAAGGAAUUAAAGUUCUUGAAGAUAAAGAUAAACUCAGUUUCAAAGCGGCCUCGAAAGCAGAUCUUGUUAUAGCAGGUUCAGCUGUCUGUGCAUCAUGGAUUGAACAGUAUCUUGACCAUUCAAUGGCGGGAACACGACAACUUGUUUGGUGGAUCAUGGAAAACCGACGGGAAUAUUUUGACCGAUCUAAGCUUGUUCUGAAUCGCGUUAAAACAUUAGCAUUUCUCUCCGAAUCACAAUCUAAGCAAUGGCUAGAUUGGUGUGAAGAAGAAAAUAUUAAAUUUAAACAUGUGCCCUCUAUAGUUCCACUUUCUGUCAACGAGGAACUAGCUUUCGUAGCUGGAAUUUCUUGUUCCCUAAAUACCCCUGCAUUCACCACCGAAAAAAUGCUCGAAAAGAAACUUUUGUUAAGAAAAUCAGUCAGAGAAGAAAUGGGGUUAAAAGAUAGUGAUAUGCUUGUUAUGGCAUUAAGUAGUAUAAACCCUGCAAAGGGUCAUCUAUUGCUUCUUGAAUCGGUACACAUGGCGACUAAUAAAAUGCCAGGUGGCACGGUUGAUGACGUUGAAAGUUUUAAAAAAAAGUUGAGGGGGAGUGAAGAAAAGAAGGUGAAAGAUGUUAAGCUUCUAAUUGGUUCAGUUGGGUCAAAGAGUAAUAAGGUUAUUUAUGUCAAAUCACUUCUUGGUUUCGUUUCGAAUCAUUCGGGUUUGAUAAAUUCAGUUAUGUGGACUCCCGCAACAACACGGGUUGCUUCACUUUAUUCUGCAGCAGACGUUUAUGUUAUAAAUUCCCAGGGGAUCGGAGAAACAUUCGGAAGAGUAACAAUUGAAGCAAUGGCAUUUGGUAUACCGGUGCUUGGAACAGAUGCAGGAGGUACAAAAGAGAUUGUUGAACACAAUGUAACUGGUCUUCUGCAUCCCAUUGGGCACCCAGGAACCCCUGUUCUUUCCAAACACCUUCAGUAUUUACUUAAAAACCCAUCAGAACGACAGCGUUUGGCACUUAAAGGGAGAGAAAAAGUGAAGAAAAUGUACCUGAAAAAGCACAUGUAUAAAGCCUUUUGGCAAGUUCUUUACAACACCAUGAAAAUUGGUUAAAUUCAGUUACUGCUGUACUCAUAAUUUUGGUGGACUUUUUAUGUCACUUCUGUAAUUUAUCAACCAAUCAUAAUUUUUAAGUUCUUUUAUUUAAAUUCCAGUGUUUUCAA